UCCAUUUCAGUCCGUUUUGUUGUCCUAUGAGUCACAUUUACACUAAGUUGUUUUUAAACCAGAUUUUUAGUAAAACUUUUAAUUUUGCAAAUCGCUUACUGUAGUUCGAAGGUUAAAGUGUGAUAAUGUUGUGGGAUUUGCGAAUUUUUCCCGUAGAACUUCGUAAUACAUAGAACUAGCGAAAGAUCGCCGUAUAACCACGCUCGAGAUUAAGAUAAUACAAAUAUCUUUCUGUUAAAUGGUGAUUAUUGAUGCGAUGGAGAGGAGGAUAAAGCUAAAAACCUUAAACAGUCACAUAACAUGCAAGAUAUGUCGUGGAUAUUUGAUAGAUGCUACUACUGUAACAGAAUGUUUACAUACAUUCUGCAAGAGUUGCUUAGUGAAACAUUUAGAAGAGAAGCAUACCUGUCCGACGUGUCAAAUUGUUAUACAUCAGUCUCAUCCACUUCAAUAUAUCAGCUUUGACAGAACUAUGCAGGAUAUUGUCUAUAAAUUAGUUCCUGAUCUUCAAGAAAAUGAAAUCAAAAGGGAAAGAGAAUUUUAUAGAGCUAGAGGUUUGCCUUGUCCCAAGGAUAUUUUACCCAAUGCUGGUGAAAUUGAAGAAGAGAAGGCCAAUGCAGAUGCACAUGCGGAGUCCGAUUAUCAUCGCACUGAUGAACAGGUUAAUGUAUGUUUGGAGUGCAUGAAUGCUAGUUUGAAGACUCUGAAAAGGAGAUUUAUCAGAUGUUCAGCUCAAGCUACAAUAACACAUGUAAAAAAGUUUAUUGCUAAGAAGGUUCUGAAUGGCAUGGAAAAAUAUAGAGAUAUCGAUAUUUUGUGCAAUAACGAAUUACUAGGUAAGGACCAUACAUUGAAGUUUGUUUAUGUGACGAGAUGGAGGUUCCGGGACCCACCUUUGAGGUUACAAUAUAGAUCGCACAUAGAUAUGCAAGACUAAUCUUUCUACAUUCGUGGUAUAUGAAAAUGAUGAAGGAUCUGUCCAUACAUUUGUACAUUUUUCCAGUUCUAUUCCUAUCUUAACUGUCGUAGUACUUAUUUCUACGUUUUAGCAAAGUAAUCAUGAUGAAUUUUAAGAAGUAAUUUUGAUUCUAUAAAACGGAGUGAUAUGGCAAUUUUAAGAGAUGUGUACUAUUCUCGUUAUUAUUCAUAACAUCGUAAAGAAAGCAAGAAUCUGUAUUUCAAACACGCGUUUUGUCUGGCUUUGUCAAACUUGAUUAUCGCCGCUUCUCGUGCAGAUUCUGCAUUAUGUUUUGAUAGUCGUAGCAUAAUCUUUUCUUCUAAAAUGCAGGAACUUGGUAAGAGAGUGAGACAUUUUGCAUUUUAUGACGUAAAACAAAACCGCAGAUCCUCAUUUUGUGAGAACGUGCAUUUUUUUAAUAUAUACAUACCCCAUCUUUGUACAUAGAAUAUUUUUGACAAAACUUGAACAAUGUUGCGUGUAGAUGCAAGCUUUGUAUUAGAUAAAAGGAAGAAACCGGGUCUGAAUAGUCGGGCCUUUUUAACUUUGUAUGUUUAUGCGUCGUACAUAUUCUAAUCGCGCCUCGAGUUUCUCUCGACACCGACGUGCGAUUGAGAGAAAAUAUUCGGUGGCUCAUAUAUUUUCAAGAGAUUCGCCAUUGAUAGCAUCGUGUUGAGCGAAACGCGUGGCCGUAAUCGCUUGUAGUAAGUGAUCUUGUUUCAUCUGAUGAUGUUAAAUGAUAAAAAAGAAGAUGUGAUUGUAUAUAAAUAUUAGAGAAUCGAACACAAUUUGCGAAGUAGCGGCAUUGCAAGGAUGUUAGAGCUUGUACUCCGUACACUGUGUAUGCGCAUCCCUAUAAAUUAUUAAAUAAAUAUGUUUUGUACAGUA